CACUACCUAACCUCAACUGUUAUAGGUUAUGUUAUGUUGGUGCAGAGCCAGACUGCAGAUCAAAUCAACAUACCAAACUUCUUGAGACUUUUACCAUCAUUAAGCUCUGUCAAGUGUGUCCAAAAUCUAGGAAUAAACUACUUGCUUAAUUCUAUAUUCCAUUUUUAUAUCAAACUUGGUUUUAGGGAAGAAUAUUUUGCAAGUUAAACGACAAUGAGUUUAAGGAUCACCAGCAAAUUGGGCCUAACUUUACUGCAAGAGAUGCCACAGGGCUUCCUGGCACCUGUGGUAAAUCAAGUUAAUCAUCAAAUAGUGAGGCAUAGACGAACUAAGCACUGGGAUCCAAAGUGGAAACUGUUUCGACGUAUGAAAGUUGUGAAGGUAGACCUUCCCAAAUUCAAUGAAAAAGUUGAAAACUUGACAGAUGAGCAGAUAAGAAUCCGGCUAAAAGAACAGGGAAUACUACCCCCAAGACCUUGGGUAGAAAGGCAAUUCUUUAUUCACUCUACUGGUGGAAUAUUUGAACCUUAUGUUCCUCCAGAAGGAGAUGGGAAAGUUUCACCAGUGUCAAAGCAGGGAGCAAUGCAGAGUUUGCAAUUUCUUGAAAAGAAAUCUAGAACCAUGAUGGCUAUACGUAAGAUCCGGCAAUAUGAGGAAGAUUUUGACUCACCUGAAUUUUGCAAAGAAGCUACCAAACUGUAUAUCAAGAUGCAUGAAUUAUUAAGUGCUAGAGACAAAGACAAUCUGAUUGAUGUAGUGACAGAAAGAGCAUAUCCAGAGGUUUUGCAUAAUGUUGAGAACAAAACUAUAAGAUGGAAAUACAUCAAAGAUAUUGAGCUGCCAAGGAUAGUGCAAGCCAGAUGUACAGAUGUCAUCAGUAGAGAAAAUAUUUUUGGGCAAGUGACUGUUAGAUUUCAUACCCAGCAGACGUUAGCUAUUUAUGACCGCUUUGGCAGAUUACUCCAUGGCAGUGAAAUAGUUGCAAAGGAUGUUCUGGAAUAUGUUGUGUUUGAAAAACAUAUGGCCAAUGAAUAUGGAACCUGGAGAAUACAUGCAAAAAUAAUUCCUGAUUGGUUGCCACCCAGAGAACCCUCCGCAUUGACCUUCAAACGAAAAAUUGAAACCACAGUAGCAGAACCUGAGAAAGCUGUUGUGGAAACUGCUUCUACUGAAAAUGUGUCAACACCAAAUAGUGAAAGAGUAAAUACAGCAUAAUAGCCAGAUGAUGGUUCACUGUUAGUUAGUAUUAAAUUUUGAGUCUUCAUUAUGUUUUUUACUGUUAACUCCAAUUUCAUAACAUGUUUUGGAAAGACAGAGUGUGUUCUGGAGUUUCAAAAAUUCACCUUAGUGUUGAUAUUCCAUUUAUAGAAUGCCUAGAAUAUUCCCCUAGAGCAAUACAUUAUUCCAUAUUCAUUCUAGAGUUUCUCAAAUGUCCUCACUCCUCAACUGAGAAUAUUUUAUGAAUAUUUCAUUGGAAAUUCCAGGAAUAAUCCGAAUCAUCCAUUGAUAAUCAUAUAUUAUACAGGGUGAUUCAUAAAAAUGGGCAAUCUCUGAACUACAGACUGUAG